AUGGCGAUUGCGCACUCAACAGACAAAAUCAUUAUCAUCGGUGCUGGUCCUGGUGGGCUGGUCCUUGCCCACUGUCUACGAAAACAUGGCAUUCCAUACGAGAUCUUCGAGCGCGAGAAAGCCAGUCAACCGAGAAAGCAGGGAUGGGCGGUUGCAUUAAUUGAAUCGCUUCCUGACCUAGAGGCAUCCCUCCCAGCAGAGGUCUUCCAGCGACUUCCCACCGCCAGUGUCAAUCGCAACAUGGACAGCAACGACAUAUUCAGCAUUAUUGAUGGAAAGACAGGAAAUGUGACUGCUGCGGUCGGAGGUGAGGACUACCCCAGUUCUCGCUGCUUGCUGCGCGUCAACCGUCAAGCCUUCCGCCAGGUGCUAUGCGAGGGCAUCAAAGUCCAGAACGACAAAGAGCUCGACUAUUACGAAGAGUUUGAAGAUGGCGUUCUUGUACAUUUCAAAGACGGCACUUCAACCACUGGCUCUCUUCUCGUUGGUGCUGAUGGCGCUCACAGCGCCGUUCGGAAACAGCUCUACAAAUCCGCAAAACUCUCGCAAAGCAGCUUCUUCCCCCUCGCAGCAGAAAUCCGUCUAAGCAAAGAGCAAUACGAACCUCUGCACAAAAUCGGCUCUGCGGGACUCUUCUCCUACGGGAAGAACCUCCGCUACCUCAUCGGCCUGCUCAGCGUCUCCGAAGACCGCUCUUCAGCUCUCUACUACUGGGCCUGCUGUAUCCGCAGCGACACUCCCGAGAAGGAAUGGGAGUGGGUGCGCAACGCUACCAGCGAACAGCUCCACGAGCGCUGCGCCAACGAGACGAGGGACUUCGCGCCUUAUCUCACGGAUAUCAUCCGUCUGACCAAGCCUGAGACUAUGGUGCAGCCCCCAGUGCGGUUUUUUGAGUUUACGCUUCCCGAGGAGCCGUCGGGGUCGGAGAGGGUUACGUUGUUGGGUGAUGCGGCUCAUGUUAUGGUUCCGUUUUACCUUGCUGGGGCGAAUACCGCUGUGCGGGAUGCUUGUGAUCUGGCGCGGUGUAUUGUUGGGAAUCCUGGGGAUUCGAGUAGUUUGAUUCGUGAGUAUGAGGAUCGGAUGCUUACCAGGGGGCGGCAGAUGGUGUUGCGUAGUCGCAAGGCUGGUCAGGAUCCGACGCUGGAUAAUAUUGUGGUUAGGGCUAAUGAGGAGGGGUCGGGGAUUCUUUGGUAG